UAUGCUGCGGUGCACCCACCCAGUUGUAAACAAAGACGUCCCCACAGAGUGGUGUCGUCACCCUUCUUAUCAGAGAGUUGUAAAUAAAUAGUUAAACUGCGUGCGAUAUUUAAUUUUUAUCAGUUCUAAUGGCUCCGGUAGCCGCCAGUCACCAGUGCACUUGUACUUAGGAAAAAUAAGUAACAAUCCGUCUUGGUGCUGAGUUGGUGGUGUUGCAAUUUCCAGUGAUGCUUCUGUACCACGUAAAAGAGGUACUUCUCAAGUUCUAUCAGGAUGAUAUUGCCAGGAUAGUGGCACUGGUCGUCCUGACCUUGUCCAUCGUCGUCGGAUUUUACGUCAGCUCAAUUCUGGGACUUAUCAUCUUGCUGUUCUUCAUCAAUGGCUGUGCCGCGGCAGUUUUUACCCUUAACCACAAGGAAACCGUGGGAAGGUAUCUGCAAAAGCUGAAGGACUUUUUCGGCUACAAAGACUAUGACCCCCUUGCGGCCUCCCAGUGCGACGUGUGCGGCAACGAGCGCUGUCCGCGGCACAAUCGCAACGCGCUCAUCCACGAACCGUGGAAGGGCUUCCUGAUCGAGGCUCCGCUGGACGACGCCGUCGAUCGGUUCUUCUCGCACAUCCUGGACACGUUCGUGCGCAACUGGCACUCCCAAAUCACCCCGGACGAGCAGUUUAUGCUCGGCAUCAAGUCGAACCUUCGGGACGCGCUCUGUAGGUUGCUGAUCCGGGCCAAGGAGCUGGACGCUCCGACGGUCAUCACGACGCGGCUGCUGCCGACGUUCUUCAUCCAUUAUGAAAUUAUCGCCAAAAUGAUGCUCGUUGAUCACGUCCCGAUGGAUCGGCUGGCCAAAACGUUCCUCAUCGACGAGUAUCCGAUCCACCCGGCCGUCCUGAAUCGCCAAGCGGAGGUGAACUACCUCCGCGGGGUGGCCAAAGUCCUCAUCCCACGACUCUUCACCCCCGAGAACAUCAACUGUAAAAUAUUCUUCAACCUCAUCAAGGAACUCCUCUCCUUUUGGGUCCUGCUUCCCCUCCUGGACGUAAUCUCCGAUCCCAACCUAAUCAACCUGCUCAUAAUAGCCGCAACCGACAAGCGGCCAAAGGACGCAGCUUCGAGAGCAAAGAGUCAACACCAGAAGACGAGCUGUGAAAAGGUGGAGAUUUUGAGGGAGUUUGUCGAGCGGAGCAGGGAACGGGUUGAGUGUGGCGUGGAGACGGUUGUCGUCCAGGGCGAGGAGAACAUCCUCAAGGACCAGAGCAAGCUGUACUUUUUCAUGCAGUUUCUGAUCAAGGAGGGUGCGGUCGAGUGGUUGCGGUUCUAUCUGGAUGUGGACAUCCUCAACAAGGAGCUGGAAGAUCCGCACAUCACGACCGACCCCACCAAGCUGUCCUCGCUGCACCAGCAGUCGGAGAAGCUGCUGCAGGCGUACCGUGGCAUGAUGCGCAACGAGCAGGAACCGGUGCCGGAACACUGCACCCUGAACGAGGCCCACGACCGCGUCAAGGAAAAGCUGGAGGACAAGUGGCGCAAGCAGUUCAGCAGGACGUCGGAGUACUUUGAGCUGGUUUACGGGCCGCGGGAGUUUAAGGAGGUUUCGGAUAAGAAAUCAUCGGACGGCACCGGUGGCGGUGGAACGAAGCUGAGCUCAAAGUUCAAGGAGGUCAUCCGCGGGGCCGUGGACGGGGCGCCGAUUGAGGCCACCGAAGCGCCCACGGUUUGGGAUGCCCUCAAUGACGCCCAGUCGAUGCCCAGCAACAACAUCUACAGCUCGGUGACCCAGAAGCUGCGCAAAGAGAAGGGCCAAAGCUUGGAUGCUUUCAUGCUUACCUUUAUGCACUCGAUUGAGCAGAGUCCCGACAUUGGCGAGGACGUGAUCCAGGUCAAGGAUAAGGUAAAGAAAAAGUACAAACUCCCAGGCCAAAGCGUCGUCUUCGGGGACCUGUUCGAGGUGAAGAAGGCCUCCAAAAACACCCACACAACCACGCUACUUUCGCACUCCGUCCGCGGUCCGUCCCAGUGCUUGAUCUACAUCCUGGUGAAAAUCCUCAACGCACCCUUCCUCAUCGUCCGGCUGGCGCUGGCCUUCUGCUGCGUGUCCCGUCGAACCGUGGACACGCUGAUUCACACCGGAAUCGCGCGGCUUCUGCGAGCUGGCCUCAAAGAGUCCCGCCUGGCGACCCUCAUCGAACUGCUGCGCGAGGUCAUCUUUGUGCGCAAACUGCCCGAACCGACGCCGGCGGAACUGCUCAAGCGGCAGCAGGACGCUCGCCGCAGGUUGGAGGAACUUCGGAUGGGCCUCGGAAACGUGGCCGAUGUGCUGCAGUCGCCGGAGCUGAACAAACAUCUGAUGUACUGUUUGUUUGAUAUCUUGCUGGGGGAGAUGUAUCCGGAGUUUGAGAGUCCGGCGGUGGCGGUUAGUAAUGGGGGAGGGAGUGGUGGGGUUGGGCAUGGAUACAAGUGAUAAAACUGUAGUAAAAUAAAUAUGGCUCUCUUGAC